UCGAACUAACUUCCGGCAGUCAGGAGCGAUGUACGCGCCGACGCGCGCACCCCGUCGUCGCCGUCGGGCCGCAUCUGCGCAUUUUCCAGCUGAGUUUCCCUCACAGGCGAGGUUCUGCCUGUCCCGGAUUGUCGUGUAUUCGCCGACACACCAGGCCGGCAGGGAAAUCAAAGGAAAGCCCUCGACUACCGUUCACAUAUCGUUGAAUAAUUAUGUACAAAACGGUGCGGAAAGGCGAUGCCAGUCUACAGUAUACGAUACUACCACAGACGGAUCAGUUCUCGUCCGGCGGAUUCCCGCAGGCUUCCGGCAAGCCUCGGCCGAGGAUCAUCAAGUACACGAUGGCCACCAUAAUGGUGCUGAUCAUACUGUCCUGCGUGGCCACGCCGUUCCUGAUGAAUCAAAACGAUCACAAUCUCUUCGCCAGCACGAUGCGAGCGAUUGGCCGAGCAGAGCCGGCCAGGAACACAUCGAGGAGCCAAACGAAGAACAUCAGUGAGGGUAAGAACAGAGGCAGGAUUUCGGCUACGACGACAUCGACGACCGAGGUUACAAGGAGGAAAGACCUCGAAGAUGGCACGACCUCCUUCAAUGUAAUUCUCCGGGGUGAGGAAGAGGAGGAGGAGGCUAUGGUUGAUGACGCCACGUUAGCAGACACGCCGGAAUUUAGUACACAAGUGAUUUCGAGCAUGGAAACGUCAACGAGGGACCGCCAGGUGAUAACCACUUCCGUUCUACCGUCGACAACCAUUAUCUCGGCGUCGUCGGCGACAACGAAGGCAUCCACGGGCGGCACGACGGAGGACACGAAAACGUUGAGCACGCCGAAGAAGCCGAAGAUGCCGAGGGUGACCCUGAAGCUGCGGGAGAACGAGACCAUACCGCAGAUGUACGUGAAGGCGGGGAUAGCCUCCUACAAGAAGGGCAACAUCACCACCAGCGUGCUCGCGCCUCGCCUGAGUCUCGAGGGCUUGAUAUUCAAAACGCCGGAAGGCACGAUAAAACCCUGGCCCCAGAAGUGGUUCUUCGGCGAGCCCUCCGAUUCCGAUGUCAAGACGUGGAAAGUGUUUGCCGUGAACCACAUGCCGAUGAUAACAGUUUAUGCAAUCUUUGGAGGAAUGUGCGCAACGGCGUGUGGCCUAAUCGCCCUGAUGAUUCAUGUGCAGCGUGGUGCACGUAAAGCGUUCAGACGUGCAGGACAGAACGUCGAGGAACCGGAUGUCGAGGAGCACGAGUCGACGCUGCUGGGCGCGGAGAGCCAAGAGACCGAGGAAAAGGAGUAAUCCCGGCGACGAACAGGACGCAUCCGUACAUAGCGCGCGUAAGACUUGCCUAUUUUUACAAACACACGUCGGUUAGACUUAGGCGUCUUCCACAUCGAAGGAUAGAAGGUCGAAAACGCGGGCGAGGUACGAGAAGGAUUUUUUUACGACGUAGCCAGCUGUAGAGAAUCGCGGUACGAAUGCACGAACAACGUGAUUGUCCCAGAGAUAAGGAUCGGCGUGAGAUUCAUUUUGCGAGAUUGCUCACUGCGUUGCCGUUAACUAGGUUCAUCUUUGUGCUGCGGUUGAUUUUUUAACGAGGGCUUCUUGCGAGCUUGCGGGCAGAAACCGAUCAUGUUGUACCAAUCGCUCUUAACGUCACGCUUUUGUUUCACCGUCGGAUUUACAUGCUCGUUGAUAAAUUAGCGACGGACCAUUUAUACGUUUCUUGCAACUGUGGUAUAGUUCGACUAGCGACGUGAUUACAUGAUAUAUUAUAAUCCUGCGAUAAUCGAGCGGAUCGUGAAAAAGUUGCGCAAAUAAAGUUUCGUUGUUACUACUUUAAGUUUGCGAUGAGGCUAGGCAGGUUUCACAAACCCGCCACGAUGGGCGCACAAUUGUGUAUGCUGACAAACUAUAUAAAUAUAUACAUAUAUACAGAGAAAAGAAUACGUAUCUCGCUGGCAAGUUAAGGAGACCAAAAUUUAUAAGCCAUUUAAAGGAAACAUUAAAACGAGUUCUAUAACGAAUUCUCUUUUUAGAAAUUCCUUUGAAAGUUCCUACUAAAUUUUAAAAAAUUUGAUAAAAGCCACAGAAGUAUUCUAAAAAUAUAAACGACAUCUUCACAAUUCUAAUUAGUCCUAAUUCCAAUUCUGAAGAGUUCGAAGCACGUUUCUCUGCGCAAAGAGAAGUGCAAAGUUGAAAAUAAUUUUACAUAAUAGAUUUCUCAAGGGAUUUAGGAGAAGAAAUUUUUCAAUCGUAGUACGCGCAAUAGCAUGAGAAAGUAAAUGUUAAAAAUGAACGUACCGCGAAGCUUCGACGCGUCUUAGAGUCAAGACGUUACCAAUAAACAAUUUGUGGGCCCGAAAGAGAUGUCUCCUUAAUUCGGCCACUUAUAUUUGCUAAACUUUCUAUAACGUACACGAUAUGCGUAUAUAAAUACACGAUAUACGAUUAUAAAGUAUUAUAUGUGUGUCAUCGACUUUUCUAGGAUCUCGAAAAAGCAAAAAAAAGUGCUUUUAACUUUCUGACGCCAGUCGAAUUCUAUCUGCGUACAAAAGUAGCCGUACUGCCAGCUACAAUAAAGGGCCCGCUUUCCAGCCUCGUUUAAUUAAAAGUGAUGUUUGACGAACAUGCUAUCAGGUAUAUCGUUUAAUCGAUAUCCACACACCGUUUACUCAGUGAUAUCUGUCGCACGGAGAAACGUAAUAUCAUAUUUUGCAAAAUAUGACUAGCAGAUUGACGAUAUUGCGUCGGGAGUACGUCAGAAAUAUUGAAUUAAUCCGAACCUUGCGCGAUUAAACUAAAAGUUUAAUUACAGGCGGCUUCAUCAACGUAUUGUUUCGAUAAAAUGACAUUUAUGUAAAAGCAUACAGAAGCAGGACGCAGAGACGUUUUAUGGAACCGAUAUAUAUAUAUAUAUAUAUAUAUAUAUCUUCAUAUAAAUUAUACCUUUCAAAGGGGAAAGCUGAACAAAUUGUGUCAAAACUGAUAUUGACAUGGGUCACUUUAUGAUCGUUAACGCCCGUCGCGAGUACAUCGCAAAAUACUGUGUACUGGAAAUACAAUGUGUCUAAAAUAGACGUAUUAAUGCCUCUAAAGUGAAACUUUAGAAACUACAACCGUUCGACUUAUAUAUGAUAUUUUAGAUCGCUUUUACGUGAUUUUAAGACACACAACUAACUUAAUACUUUUGUUAAAUUAAUUUUCAUUCCACUGGUGUGAAAACAAGUGUAUCAGUCUAUACUAGUCUAGUUCGUGCUAUACUGCGUAAAAUUGUUAAUUGUGAUUCUGUACUUAAAUUGCGCCAUUUGAUAUUUGACAAUAAUUGCGCUUGACAAAUUCUAGAAUAAUUAAUUUUGUUUCUUUCAAAGUAAAACUGUAAAUUUUUACCUACUGUCAAGCGAUCUAGGACGAUAUGCAAAACGAGACUCAACUAUACGAGCUUUAGCUAAGAACAUUCCGCAAGAUUGAUUCUAAGAGUCAGUGUUGCUAUUUUAUUUUAUUCGACGUAAAACGCACAAGAUAAAAAUUGUGACGAUAGCUACUUGACAAAGAAAAAUGCUUGUGCAAGCGAAUCGAAAAGAUCUAGUGUAUAUUUAUUACACAAUUGCGACAACAAGGUAAUCUAACUUGCAAGUUAUUUACUAUUUGUAAGAUCCGUUUUAUCAGUAGCUAACCUUUACUAUGUGCAACACAAUUUCCACCUUUUGCAACUCCAUACUUUAUUUAACUUGUAGCGCCAUUACUUCAAACGAGGUAGAACUUCCAAUAAUAUGUAAUUUACUUACAAAUUACAAUAUUAAGUUACAGCUCCGUAUUUUGUUGUACAACGUUCAAAUAGUUUUAAACACUAUUGUAUACUUUUAAAAGUUUAAAAUUGUUUUAUCUGCAAAA